GGAUCCUCGGGACACACCUGGUUGGCAGUGGCACGCAUACCAACUGCUUUGAUAUUUUAAUGAAUUGGCAACAACCAAGCCCAGGCAGCAUUAGUUGCCACUCCUUUGAUGGCACUUUCAGAUUCUUUCAAGUGUAGUUUUGAAUUUUAGUGACUUAUUAAGUUUGACGUGAAAAAAUAAGAGGUUGUCUAACUAAAUGAAUUGAUAAAGUAACAGAGGAUUGCUUAUCAAAUUAAUUCACAACUAUUUAAUAAUCAAGUGAUCAUUUAGCUCAAUCUUUUGACAGUUUAAAUAGUGAUGACAUAAUGAGCCCUAGCUGGGCACUGAAUUAGCUUAGCUAGCUUAGCACAGAAUUCAUGGAUGUUAUCUAUUCAGGAGAUGUUACUCGAGGAUAAAACUUGUUCAAUUCUACGGGAGUUCAAUUAUCCAUGAAGAAAAAGGUUGUAAAUUGGGGUUGAUAGCAGCUGACGGCCAUGUUGAGACCAUGUCCGUUUAUUGGAGAAUCACUGCCCAGGAAGAAACUUAGUGUCCACAAAAGUUUAAUGCCUCAACUGUUUAUUUAAAACAUAAUAUACAUGGGGAAACUCACAAGAAAUGUCUUUUUAACCUUUUUAUACCAGGAAGUUUAAUCCGAGUAUAAGCAUGCAAAUGUAGCUACAUAAAAUAGUCACAUCAUGCAUCAAUAUGAAAAUCAUGUGGUUUCAACGGGGUUUGAGUUGGCGAUUAAAAGCGAACAGUGAAUCAUAAUUUUCCUGUUCGGAUCAGAAUGAAUAUUAGAGUAUUGUUGUGUGUGUUUUUCACUUUAAUGGAGAGCUCAAUAUGUGUGACAAAUUGAAACACAAAAGCAAGAUUUGAAGUAAAGAAAACAAAUUUCUAUCAUUUGUCUGAAAAUAAGAUUCGAAUAAUAGCAUUCAGAAGACAUUAUGAAACUAAUCGAAGUAAGAUUUGAAGAAGUUACAGCGGCAAGAAAAGUUCCUUUGAAAGUUCUUUUGUUUAAAACAUCCAACAUCCGAGUCACUGCCAAACAUUUUCAUUCAGUAGUGCUGCUGAUGUACCCUUUCAAGAAGAACGUCACCACACCCAUGACUAAUCCUGCCAAGAUCGUGAGAAAAUGUUCUCAGUUGUUACUUGUACAGGUAUGGGAGGAGAAAUGCUGCCCCUGCGAGUAAGAUCUAAGUAAUCCAAAAGCACCUGGUGCAAUGGCAGAGGCAUAUUGUCAGGGGUCAACAACGACAGGGUCAAUCGUCAUCAGCCAUCAUGUUUAGAGAUUGGGCAAAUCAAAUCCUCCCUCGCCUCUAGAAAAAAAACUGAAGGUUGGAUUUCAAAGCAAGGUAUAGUUUUCCUGAAAAAAUUAUUGUGAAGUAAAGAUUGUGUCGAAUUUACCUUUAUCCAUUAGCAAAUCAUUCGGACAAGCUCAAACGCUUUAAUAAGGCCGUGAAUAAGGAAACUGUUGUUUCUUCUAAUCCACUGUGCCAUUAUUAUUUACACGCCGUUUCCUCCAUGUGCCUGCUGCAUUUUUCCCCGAGUCAUUGUGUAUUCUAAAACCGGUUGUGCCAAACAAGAAAAACAAGUUUUCUAUGAGCUGUAUCCUCCGCCACCACCUGUCAACUAAACCACAAACUUUGUCUCUGGAUUUACCUGACGCUCUCGAUAAUUUAUGCUUGGUGUUAUUUUGUCAUUUGUAUUUAUUUCUAGAAAAUGACUAUUAAACAUUUCUCAAUUGAAUAUGACUCCAUCAAUAGUCAAAACAUCUUCACAAACGGAGAUACAAUCAAUGGAAGGAUUAUCGUGGAGGUCUCAAAAGAAACGCCAAUCCAAUCGCUAACCUUUAUUGGAAAAGGAAACGCAAGGGUGUGCUGGCAUGAGUACUACGGGCAAUAUAGCAGCUACUACUACUGGUCGGAUGAAAAAUAUUACGAAAUCAAACAACGUAUCUUGCAACCUGAUAUUGAUUUUAUUAGCAAAGGAAGACAUGUGUUCCCCUUUUCCUUCAAGGUCCCUAACAGGACCAUGCCAUCCUCGUUCAAGUCGUCUGUUGGUAAAAUUGUUCAUAAGCUUAAAGCUGAACUUAAACAAUCAAUGAAGUUGACCAAAAAAGUAAAAGCCCACUUCACAUUUGUCUCCAAAGCAGACAUGGAUAUACCUGGACUUAUGGAACCUCAGUUUGGUUCCACGGAUAAAAAAAUAACCGUCUUUGGUUCUGGAACCAUUGCAAUGGAUGUUUACACAAAAAGGAUGGGAUAUCAACCUGGUGAAGAUCUCCAAGUCAAAGUCAAAAUUCAUAACCAAUCAUCCCGUGACUUGAAACCUAAAUUUGUAUUGUACGAAAAGCUGAGUUUCUUUGCUCAAGGAAAGAGGAAACUUUGCAUGCAGAACAUCCUCAAGGAGAAACUCGAGCGUAUCGAUGCCCAUAGCAAAAAGGUCGUAAAGAAGGUGAUCACAAUCCCCAGGAACAUAUCUCCCUCCAUUUUGAAUUCCUCCAUCAUCAAGCUGGAAUACAGGCUGAAGAUCUUUCUGGAUGUCAAAUAUGCAAUAAACCCAGAAAUCAAACUUCCAAUAGUUGUCCUACCUGCUCUUGAGGGUCCUGCAGGACAACAACCUCCAGGUCCCGCUACAUAUACAUUUGAGGAUUUUGGGAAAUCAAAAAAACAGAGCUCACGCAAAGCAUCGCAGUCUUCGGAUCUCCCUCCACCAUAUGAAGCGCAUGCCGACUAUCCCGCCUUGAGUUCUCAGAAUUAUCGACCAUAAAUUA